UGGCUGGUGUAGCGAAGGACUUGCAGUCUGAAGAUGUCCACAGAGGCGAGGAAAAGGAUGAUAAAGAGUUGUUAUCGUGUGCUCGUCACGUUCCUUAUGUCUCCAGGAAGUCGUUUGAUUACUUUCAUUUCUUACUAUCAGUCCAUCGACCACUCAUCAAAAUAUCCAGGGAUAAGAUGAAGAUGAUUUCUGGGAGAUUCAAUGGGUCAGUGAAAGAAAGUCUGUCAUCUCGUUUCCACUCAAUGAGGGCACUGCUCAGGUGCACGACAGUUGUACAGGCAUCUGCCAUUCACGGACGAGGUCUGUUUGCACUGAGGGGCUUGGAGGCUGGAGAGAUGGUGAUUGAAUAUUGCGGAGAACUCAUCAGGCCGGUGCUGACUGAUGCCAGGGAAAAGUUGUAUGAGGCUAAAAAUAUCGGAUGCUACAUGUUUAAGAUAGAUGAAUUGAACGUGGUGGAUGCCACAAUGAAAGGUAACUCGGCUCGAUUCAUCAACCACUCCUGCGAACCCAACUGUUACUCCAGGGUCUGCCAGAUUGAAGGCAGGAAGAGAAUCAUCAUCUGCACGUCAAGGUACAUACGGAGGGGGGAGGAGCUGACGUACAACUACAAAUUCCCCAUUGAGGAGAACAAAAUCAUCUGCAGGUGUCAGAGUAAGAAGUGUAAAGGCUAUAUGAAUUGAAUUGUGCUGGUUGUGGUAGGCUUGUGCGAUCGUAUCACUCAAUGAUCAACAGUUGAAAGACUGACAGAUGUUUUGUAUUCUUAGUUACUGCAGUGUUUUUGUUUUUUGUCAAAAUUUCUGUUGUUUUAAAAUUGUAAGCAGGACGAAGUGUAAGUUAGUGCCAUACAAUGAAAUGAUAGGCUUCUUCAUAAAUUGCUUUUUUGC